CYACUAUACUAUGCUCUUUUUUUUCUUUUCCUCCUUCUCUCUAUAGGAGAUAUUUUAAACCUGCAGGUGUAUUACCCCUGGGAGUUCCUUUCCAGCUCUCCUUGCAGAACAGUUGUUUUCCCAUUAAUGACCUCUGGAGUUACCUACUGGGUGAUCAAGUGUUUGCAGCAGCUGGACUUAUGGUCAGGUUGCAUCAACAGCUACACCCUUCUUGUAUCACCUCGCCUGCUCUUUACAAUCUUUUCUUUCAUACUUGACUACAGUGUGUAUCAAUUAGCUCCUUUCUGGGAAGCAGAUCCAUGGAAAGCGCUGGUACUUCUUGCUGGAUCCUAUGUCACACUGGUGUUUUAUACGAGGACUUUUGCCAAUGCGCUCGAAGGACUUCUGUUUGCUCUUCUGAUGCUUCUGGUUUCCUCAAGAAGGUCUGGUGGCAGCUCARAAGGGCCGACAAGUAGCUGCCUUAUAGCAAUUGUAACUGUGGCUGGGUUUUUCAACAGGCCAACUUUUCUAGCAUUUGCUCUCAUGCCGCUGCUGUACUGGGUGGCUUUAAAUACUGACUCUCCGAGGAGCCUUAGAACUAGCAUAAACUGCUUCCUGAAGCUAGUCCCGUGUGCUUGCUUUACUGCUGCCUUUUUCAUAAUGGCUGACACUUGGUAUUUUACCUCCAUGAGAUUAGACAACAUCUAUGGGUUUGAAAAUAAAAGUCUAUUUGAUAUAAUAGCUCAGUUAAGUCAGAAAAUAAUAGUGACCCCUCUAAAUUUUCUCCGCUAUAAUCUUAAUCCUUGUAAUCUUGCACAACAUGGAAAUCACCCACGAGUUACACAUUUUGUGGUCAAUGGGAUAAUGCUCUUUGGGAUCCUCCAUAUUCUGGCCAUUGGUGCUGGUUUUAAGAUGUUAAAGAAAUAUAUCUACAUAUUACCACAGGUCAAGUCCUAUUACCAUGGGUCAUCUAGGAUAUUGGUGCAUUCUGAUGGAAACUCAAUGUUGUUGUUGUUUUACUUCUUUCCUUUGGCAUUUCUCUCCCUCUUCAGUCACCAAGAACCUCGAUUUCUCCUUCCUCUCAUCUUACCAUUAGUCCUGUUCAGCGCAUCACAGAACAGAGCGGUGAGGUGGAAACCUGUCAUUGUUGUUUUCAAUGUUCUUGGGGCUCUGCUGUUUGGGUGCUUACACCAGGGAGGACUCAUCCCAUGCUUGUUUCACCUGGAGCAGCUCAUGCAUUCUCCAGAUUCCUCAAACCAUCCAGGACACUAUAUUCUCCUCUUUGCACACACCUACAUGCCUCCGAGGUCUCUGCUCAAUAUCAAGAAGGGAGAUACAAAUAUAGAAGUAAUUGAUCUGGCUGGGUCUGAGGAAGAAACUCUCUGCCAAACAGUAGGACUGCGAGCCAACAAUUUUACCUGCAGUGAUUGCCAUUUUUUUGUUAUAAUCCCCGGUACAGUCAGAUCCACAAUUACAAAAUGUGGUGUCUCAUUCAAGAAUGAGACUUUAAUAUUUCCACACUUAUCCAUGGAAGAUCCUCCCCAACUAUCCUUUCUAUUUAGUGAAAAUUGGAGAAGCCAGUUAGGACUGUACAUCUUCCAACUAGACAGAGCUCAACAGAAUCUCUAGACUUCAAGAGAGAACUACAUUCUAGCUUUUUGCUUCACUUUGGCUCUGUCCAAAAGUGCUAUGAGAUCUUUCUCUUCACAAACCCACGCUCAYGUUGUGAGCUCCCCUUAUUGUCUUUAUUCCUUUUCUUCUUGCUCUUAAUAUUCAUCAGUGUUGUCAGUUCUGGGUGGAACCUGCUUAAAAUCUGAGGGUCACUCAGUUCUUGUGAAAUCUUAUGAAUUUGUGUAGCUUUCCUAAUGAAAGAGGAAGUCAGAACUCACCAAAACAUUGCUUUGAGCUCAGUUCUCUCCAUGCAACUGUACUUUUGUAUAUCUUAAAUUCUCUGCUAGAGGGUUUAUGGUUGUGUUUUUGUUGAAAAUUUGCAUUGACUAAGCUGCUGAAGAGAGGACUCCAAACGAGAUGGAAGUUGCUCUAACCCAAAGUGUUGUACUUUUAGGCUCUUAAAAAAAUUAGAGCCUCUCUCAGUUGUUAGUGACUGCAGUCACAAUGUACCAGCAGUACUGAAGUAUUGUCUGAUGCGACCCUUGGGUGGCCCUUUUCAAGAAAGUCCCUGGUGUUAAUCUAAUAGAAUUUGAUUUGGAAUGGAAUAAACUUUAGCAUAGGCACUUGUGAUAAAUUCUUAAAUCUGAAAAGCUUUUUUGCCUGGUGAAUGUUCAUUGCUCCAGUUCCCUUCUUGUGGACACCAGUAUCAUGCAUUGCAAGCUGAGGCUGCUGGUUCAGAGUAGGAGACCUGUGCUGCAGCUGCUGCAGAUGGAGCAGUGCCUCCCUUUCACACUCCACCAUGCACUGCUCUCUGCUUUUCAUAGCCCUGCCAUCAGCAAUGGUGCACGUGUGUCCUUGMAGCGAGCUGGGUUAAUGAGCUAAGCAGACAGAAAACGUAGAGGAUUUGAUCUU